AGCUGGGGAACCGGCCAAAGGGGCUGACACACAGCAGUGCCCGGAUCUUUUCCCCUAUAUCCUCGGUCAUGCUCUUUGUUCUUCAAUGUGCAACACCACACCUGUGAUCUUGCUGUGAACGGGGCAGACCAUGUGCUGGAGUAAGAUCAGAUCACGGCUCACGAUCAAGGGAAGCUAUCCCUGCUGCCUGCAUGCACUGGAAAUAGCGGACGCAGUGUUGAACCCUGAGUUCAAGAAGAGGGAUGUGGGAGAGAGACCACCAAAGGGCAACCGAGAUGGUCAUGGGGCUGGGCACACAGUCUACAAGGAGUGUUUAUGGGAGCUGAUGGGUUUGUCUAAUGAAGAGGAGGAGAAGGCCAAUCUAAUAGUAGCAUGCAACUACUUAAAGGACAGUUGGAGCCAAAUUAUUCCCAGCAAUGGCAGACCAGAUAGUGAGGGCUAAUGGCCACAUAUGCAGCUACAGAGAUGCAGGCUGGGCAUUAGGAAAACAUCUCUGGGAAGGUGGUGCAGCCCUUUGACAGAUUACCAGAGGGGUGGAAGGUGUCCUUCCUUGUAGGUUGUCAAGACCUUGACAUAUCUGAUUUGCUCUGGUGUCAAGGAUAGUCCAGCUCCAAGUGUCAGUUUGGCAUGAAGUCCUCUAGACAUCCCUACUGCUAUGACACCCUGCGUGGCAUGCUGAAAUUGCCUUGUGCAGAGGGAAUCUCGAUACUCCAGCACUCUCUGCCCCUCAGAUUGCUUUGUCCUGUACUAAUAGUGGGAAACACAAAUUCCUGUUAAAUGCAGCUGACUUCUGCAGCUGGAGUCAAAGCAGAGAGACCUCUUUUUCUGCAUCAUCUACUUAAAAAUAUCUUUCUCUAGGUUUCAUUUCCACAUUAAGUCCCAUCCUGCUCCUGUUCCUAGCCUGCAGCUUCGGUUUGAUUCAUAGGGCAAAUUGAAGGAAAUUCCUUAUGAAGAUGAAGCUCACCAGGAGCAGCAGCUCCCAGAACUGCCAUUUCCACCAGUCCCAUGGGGCUGGCAGCUGCGGGGACCGUACUCAGCUGUUUUUGUGAAGGAUGGGGCCCGUCUCUGUGGGAGACUGAGAUGGGUGCUGCUGCCUGUCCUGGAGGCGUGGGAAUUUGGCUCUGCCUUGCCCACGGCUGAUGCUGCCACAGUGACCAGCAGCCCAGACCCGCUGGCUCCCCUUUCCUGCGCACACAGCCAGGGCAUGAUGCAUGGGGUGUUUGUGCUGGGGGCAAGUGGCAUCUGAAAGCCCAGAGGUGAGCAGGAUGGAGGUGCCUGUGUGUUUGUAAGCGGUGAGGGCUGUCUGGACACAGCCCUUUGCUUUCUCUGCCAUGGUCCAUGCAGACCUGCCCUCUGCUCCAUGGCACCAUUGCUGUGUCUGGCCCGAGUCGCAGAGGGGCAGGGCAGGUUGGUACGUGGAGAUGUGCAAUAGGGACAGGCUGGAGCAUCAGUCCAGCCAGCACAGCACCAUGGCAGAGCUGGGGGGGUCCAUGCCUUCACCCACCCUCAGCACCGGCAGCACCACCAGGGCCAGGACUGGGGGAGACCAAGCCAUGACAGAUGAUGGGGAUCAGGAAAAGGAUUGUCCCAGCACUGCAUCGGUCAGUCUGUGCAAGCUUCAGAGCUGCCAGCAGCAUGGGCCUGUGGUCAAAGAGGGAACUUACCACUGCUAGAAGCAGAAGUGAAACGCAGGCAGAAAUGAAAGCAGAGCCCAGAGCUGCUUCCCACGCAGUUCCCCUCUCUGCAGAGUGCCCUGGAGCACCUGACAGCAUGGCCAUGGAGCCCCUCUCCUUCCAGGAAUACAUCUGCUCCCUGGACCCCGCCACCCUGCCGCGCAUCCUCAGGAUUUGCUCCGGUGUCUACUUCCAAGGGUCUGUGUACGAGAUCGCAGGCAACGAAUGCUGCUUGUCAACGGGCGACCUGCUGAAAGUCAUGGCCGUGGAGCUGCAGAAAGUCGUUUGUGAGGACACAGAGACAGGGCAGACAAGGGAGCUGCCACCGACAUUUAAGGGUCUUUUUCAGCCUGCCACAGCCCUGGGGCCAUACCCAACACCGCAGGGACCCUUCCUGGAGGGCAGCAGGCAGCGGGGCCUGACGCUGCACCAGGUGCUGGGCCAAUGGAACGGGCGGCCAAAGCCCCUGCUGUGCCCUGCCGUCAGCCCCCACACCCUGCUAUUGCACCCUGUCUAUGAGGUGCAGGCCGUCAUGCACCUGCGUCGGGAUGUGGUGAAGAUCCCCUCCACGCUGGAGGUGGACGUGGAGGACGUCACGGAGGAGGCGCAGCACGUCCACUUCUCCCGGCCGUUGCUGCUGAGCGAGGUACUGGGGAUGGAGGAGGUGCUGCCGGCCGAGGCUGAGAUUCUGGAGGGCCCGACUGGCCCCGCUGUCUUCGAGAGCGCCUGGGUGUCGCGGCUGCGACGGGGGCAGCGGCUGCAGCUCCAUGGCUGCUUCCACGCCUGGCGGAUCCUGGCCUCAGCCCCCGGCAGCGGCCGCCAUUUCAUCCUCUCCAGUGCCUACCAGGGCCGGUUCCGCCAGCGGCCUCGGCAGUUCACAGGGGUGCAGGAGCUGGUGGCCGGUCUGCAGCCUGGCCGGCCACUGCGUGUGGUGGUGACGCAGGACUGCGAGGGCCGGGGGUAUGACGUGCCCCCGCUCGGUGUGGGCGACCGGCUGGAGGCCCAGGGGCUGCAGGGGAACGGCCCCAGCACCCGGCUGCUCUGCCACCGUCACGGUGGGGAGGAGGAGGAGGAAGGCGAGGAGCUGCUGCUGCCGCUGGACCUGGGAGGCGGCUUCGUGGAGGAGGCAUGCAACAGCAAGAAGUACAGGCUGGCAGAGCUACUGGAGCGGCAGUCUUUGCCCUGUGAGGUCCGGGUGGUGGCUCCCGACCCGGGGCUGGAGAGGGACACGCUGGGCGCCCUGCCUGCCCUGCGGCUGGAGGCUCGUCUGGACCAGCCCUUCCUGGUGGGCAGCUUCUGCGAGGAGCCAGAGGAGGGCUUCGAGAUCCCACCACAGUGGCUGGACCUCUCCGUCCUGCUAAGUGACGAGCCUGUCCACCUCCCCGCCCCCUGCACCCGCCAGUCCCGGGUGGAGGAGCUGACCGAGGCCUUCUACUACCGGCUGCUGGCCCAGCUGCCUAGCCACCCAGCCCCACCACCCCCACGGCCCCCCAAGCCAGCGCGGGCAGGCAUGGGCCCAGGGGGAAGGCGCUCCUCGGUCCCCAGCACCUCGCUGGUAAGCGUCCGCCCAGCUCCUCCGCUGCCACCGCUCACAGCCCUGGCCCGGUCAAGCACCCCCAACCAGUAUGGCCGGCGAGGACCCCCCAGCAGUGCAGGCACGGAGAGCCACAGCGAUGAACACGAUUACGAAACUGUUGAUGACAACAUUCAAAAGACAAUUUGCAAAAUGCAGACAAUUUUUCCUUUCUAGUCCUCUAGUUUCUGGAAGCCACCUAGCCUCCAAAUACUCUGGGACCUUACAUGACAUUGGUUACUUGCAGAGGCUAAAUACAGCCCUAGGGAUCCACAGUGCAACCUCCAACUGCCUCGAUCCCACAGAAAGGUGCCGACUUUCCUUGGAGGCAAGCAGCCCGUAUGCCAUUGGGGCAGCCCUGGGCACAGAAUAAUUCCCCCUGUUGCGCUGUGGGCUCUGUCCUCAGCUGUCACCCAUGAGAGUCUGACAGCAGCAGACCAGCACACAGCUGGGCAGCCACCAAGAUGCCACUGAGAUGCCAGCCCAGGCCCUGGGACAUGGAUCUCAUGCUGCGGCAUCUGGGCUGGGAUUACAGAUGCUUCCAGAUGGAGAUGCUUUGGGACCAGCAUAUCCAGACACUGUUUGGCACAUGGGGUGGGAUGGGGUCAGGAAGAGACAUGGCAAGGAACUUCACACAGUGUGAGCGAUGCCCCAGCUGGGGCUGAAACCAUCAAUUGACACAUUUUUAUAAUUGCAUAUCAAAACCAACUUUCAUAAAGCAGAAGCUGUAUUUUUCUCAAGUAUAGCCAAACUUGCUUCUCACUCUGGCCUAAUUUCUCACCAAGGUUGUAGAAACAUUGUAAAAAUGUUGUGGCUUUGGGUUUUGCUGGCUUUUUCAUCUGUUUUUUUAACUGCACUUGCAACUGGAAGCAAUGUCUGUUCUAGACCCUCCAUGGCCCCCCCCUCCUGCUUGCGAGUGUGCUUGUCACCCUCUUGCAGAUUCUUGGCACCUACAAAGGCCCCUGCUGCACCCAUGGCAUCGGACACAAAAUAUGACCGGAAAACCAAAUAAGGACCAAAGUUCAACUCUUCUUUUUCUGGAAGUUUGACAAAGCCCUGGUAAAGUAGCAGAGACAAAGACCUCAUGGUCCUGAUGUGCAUUAAGGGAAAAGAGCUAACAAGGAGAGAGCUUUACACCAAAAGCAAGCAGGCAUUUCACUCCUGCAUCACGCACUGCACUCUUCUUUCAAAUCAUAGCUGGAAAAUAAAUUUUAAAUUUUAUUUAAGACC